AUUUAUUUAUUUGUUAAAUUAAGUUUUUAUGUGAAUUUUGAUUUAAAAUUUCAUUUUCAAUAACCUAUCGCGGACGUUUAAUGUCUGUAGUCGUUGUUUUCCUUUGUUUUGGUGCACAUACUAGACAAUAAGUAAUAUGUUUUUAAGAAGUGUUUUUACCAAAAGCUUAUUGCUUUUUGGGUUAUUUUUGAUUAUGGCGUAUGCCCAAUUUGAAUGGCAGGCUCGAGAUGCUUUUGAUGAAAUUAAAAUCAAAUACGAUAAAGUAAAUGGCGACAAUUGUCCCAUACAACAUGUUAGUGACUUAUAUUUGCCCGAGGAUGCGAUAUCCCAUAAACCGGAGAUUAAAGAAAUUAAUAUUAAUCCAAUUUUCCCGAAUCGUACCGCUUUAUUGCAUAUGCAUAAUAUGGCCAUGAGUCGCAGUUUUUUUUGGAGUUACAUUUUACAAUCACGUUUUAUAAGGCCGGCUAUCAAUGACACUUACGAUCCGGGCAUGAUGUAUUAUUUCUUAUCUACAGUCGCAGAUGUGUCAGCUAAUCCGUCCAUUAACGCUUCAGCCGUAUAUUUUGCUCCUAACAGUUCGUAUACUUCCUCAUACCGCGGUUUCUUCAAUAAAACCUUUCCACGCUUUGGUCCGAGAACUUUUCGUUCAGAUGAUUUUAAUGAUCCUAUACAUUUGCAAAAAAUUUCCACCUGGAAUACAUUCGACGUAAGAGAUUUGGGAGCUCAUCCGCCGGAGUCACGUUCAAAAGAUUAUACUUCAGAGUUGUAUAAGAUAAAUGAAUGGUAUAAAACCUGGUUGCCCGACGAUGUGGAGGGACGUCAUGACACUAAAACUACCUAUCAAGUGGAGAUACGUUACGCGAAUAACACAAACGAAACCUAUACAUUUCAUGGACCACCUGGCGCCGAUGAAGACCCGGGCCCGAUAAAGUGGACAAGGCCGUACUUUGAUUGUGGUCGUUCCAAUAAAUGGUUGAUAUCAGCCGUAGUGCCAGUAGCCGAUAUAUAUCCACGUCAUACUCAAUUUCGACAUAUUGAGUAUCCCAAGUAUACAGCGAUAGCAGUUUUAGAAAUGGAUUUCGAGAGGAUUGACAUAAAUCAAUGUCCUAAAGGAGAGGGUAAUAUAGGUCCGAAUCAUUUUGCGGACACGGCACGCUGUAAAAAGGAGACUACAGAAUGCGAACCUUUACAUGGCUGGGGCUUUCGGCGAGGUGGUUAUCAAUGUCGCUGUAGACCAGGUUUUCGGCUGCCUAACGUAGUCCGGCGUCCAUUUCUAGGGGAAAUUGUCGAAAGAGCUUCAGCAGAACAAUAUUACAAUGAUUACGAUUGUUUGAAAAUUGGAUGGAUUCAGAAAGUGCCCAUCGAAUGGGAAAGAGCAUCAUAUUACGUCCGGGAGAAAUAUCUAGAUUUACAUCCUGAAUAUCGCAACGCCAGUGCCGGUGCUAGCUCUCUGCAUACGGAGUUUCUUAAUAUCGAUCAGGCUUUGAAAUUCAUACACGGUGUUAACUAUCGGACUUGUAAAAAUUUCCAUCCACAAGAUCUCAUAUUGCGCGGCGAUGUUAGUUACGGUGCCGAACAACAAUUCGAAAAUGAAGCCAAAAUGGCUGUGCGAUUGGCCAAUUUUAUUAGUGCCUUUUUGCAGGUCUCUGAUCCUAAUGAAGUGUAUUCGGGCAAACGUGUGGCCGACAAACCGCUAACCGAGGAUCAAAUGAUUGGCGAAACUUUGGCUAUUGUUCUUGGCGAUACAAAAGUUUGGUCGGCUGCCACACUUUGGGAACGUAAUAAAUUUACAAAUCGCACCUAUUUUGCACCCUAUGCGUAUAAAACCGAGCUGAAUACACGAAAAUUUAAAGUUGAAGAUUUGGCACGUCUGAAUAAAACCCAUGAAAUGUACACCGAAAAGAAGUUUUUCAAGUUUUUGAAGCAACGCUGGUCGACCAACUUUGACGAUCUGGAAACGUUCUAUUUAAAGUUACAAAUACGCCAAAACGAGACAGGUGAAUAUUUGCAACGUUAUGAACACUAUCCUACAUCAUAUCGUGCGGCAAAUUUAAAGCAUGGCCAUUGGACGCAACCGCAAUUCGAUUGUGAUGGUUAUGUUAAGAAAUGGCUUGUGACCUAUGCAGCGCCGUUUUUCGGUUGGGAUAGCCUUAAAGUGAAACUGGAAUUCAAAGGCGUAGUGGCAGUUUCGAUGGACAUGCUACAAUUGGAUAUUAAUCAAUGCCCUGAUUGGUAUUAUGAAGCGAAUGCUUUUAAGAAUACGGACAAAUGUGACCAAAAAACAUCCUAUUGUGUUCCAAUAAUGGGUCGUGGCUAUGAAACUGGCGGUUAUAAGUGUGAAUGCCUGCAGGGUUACGAAUAUCCUUUUGAAGAUCUAAUCACCUACUAUGAUGGACAAUUGGUUGAAGCUGAAUUUCAAAAUCUUGUCGAAGAUAAGAAAACUCGUUACGACAUGUUUAAAUGUCGUCUAGCUGGUGCUUCGACCUUACAAGUAUCCUCAUUUUUAAUUUUAUCAUUAUUGGGUUUUUUAUUCAUGCUUAAGUACAAACUAAGAUAAGUUUAAGUUUAUAGGGGAAAAAAAAAAUUUUUUUUUUCAUCAUUUCUAAGAUUCGCUUAAGUGAUUUAAAUAUUCUUUUCCGUCCAGAAAACAAAAGCAAAUCUAAUAUUCGAUAUAGUAUUUAAAAUUUGUCACCUUUCAGUUCUUCGUCUUUCGUUGUUCGUAUACUUUAGUUGACAAAGAAGAGGAAAAAAAGAAAGGAUGGACACAACAGCAUCAGUUAAAAACAUUGUCAUCAUUUAUCUCCAAAGCGAUUAAGUUGUAGACAUAAUCUAUUACAAAGAAUCUCGUUAUUUGUCAUGUGUUUUUUUUUUUUUUCUUUCUUUUUUCUUUCUUGCUUUUAAUGAAUUGAAUGCCACACCAAGCCACGGAGAAAAAGGUUUCAUAUCGCAUUUUUAAUAUAUUUAAUACACAAGCACAGCUACAGAGACAGACACGCUCUAACAUAUAAUUAAAAUGAUAAGAAAAAGCAAAGAAAAAUAUAACUCCUCUCUUGGCUCAUAUUUCUCGAGAAUUCUCAUAAAAUUUCCAAGCUCUCUGAAAACUUUUCCGUGAAAAAGAAAAACUUGAAAACAAAGAACAAACACUAUUUUAAUAGAGAGCGUUAAAUAGAGUUUGAGUGCAAAAGCAAGAGAUUUUUCUUUUCUAAAAAAAAAUAUAUACAAAAAAAAUAUUAAAAAAAAACAAAAAGUAGGAUCGAAAGAUCUGAAUUGAAUCACAAAAAAAAAAAAAAGAAGAAAUUUUAAAGUUAAUGUCCAUGAAGUUUCGAACAGCUGUAGCUGCAGGCAAAAAGUGUCUGAAGAAAACCUGUUAAUAUUAAAAAAAAAAAGCAACAACUUGGAGAAAAAUUCUUUACAUAUAUUGGUAAAAACUGCGCUGCUACCUUUAUUAGAGCUUAAGCGGCGGCUGCCUACGUCCCAGCCUUGAGCAAACGAGAUGAGGGUUGUUAUUUGUGAGCUAUUGCUUAUAGAGAAAGAGUUCAGUGACAAGCAAGCACCCCUUCGUUAAUGGUCACUAUUGACUACAAUGAGCAGCGCAGCAGCAUACACAUUAACUUUCCCUAUAACUGAUUAUUCACUUCUUUUUUUUUUUUUUUUUAACCUUUAAACACCCGAUUUUUUCUUUUUGUUGGGUACUACUACUUCCUCUAUGACUGGCUAGGGUGUCUUUUUUCAUUAUACCUUUUGAUUGCGAAGUCUUUUUUUUUCUUCUUUGUAAUGAUCAUUAUGAUGAACAUCUUUUAUUAUGAUUAUUAUUAUCAUAGCCUGAGAACUUUUUCUAAGUUUUCCGCUGACUCGGAAAGAUCCUUUUGCAAAAAACCAGUUCGCCACUUGGUUUUGGUCAAUGUAGAAAUAUGUACACUGCUAUAAUAUAGCAUUUGUUUAAUAUAAAAAUUUGAAGUUUUUUAUUUUCAUUUUUUUUUUUAUUUUUUUUUUUUUUUUUUAUAUUCUGUAACGACGUUAUCAAAGUGAAACAGGGACACAAAGAGUAUUCAAUAGCGGCUGUGGUUGUUUCAAAAUAUUUUCACACAUUUUUCAUCGUCGCAACGGUAGUGGCAUCGUUAUCUUUGUAAGAAUGACCAAUAACUUAAAGACAAUACCGCACACUAUUGUUUGCGGAUAAAAUGAAAUGAAAUAUUAUUGGAGAGAAGCCCAUCAUAUCAUAUGAUAUUAAACAAUGUUUGUGGCAUAUUUUUUAGCUCCUGCUGAGCUUUAUAUUAUAAUAUUUGAACAAAACAAAAAAAACAAUAAUCAUAAAAAAUCUUAGAUUUGCUUUUCUUUACAGAAACCAUAAAAAAGACUCAAUGUUUUGCAAACUUCUGCAUUCCGUCCAUUUUUAGUGACUACAAGAGAAAAAAAAUUUUUUUUUUAUUGCUUAUUAUUAGUUAGCUUAAAAAAAAGCAAAGAAAGUGCCUUUAAAUAUUAAAAUUAUAGAUAAAUGUAAAAAAUGUACGAUCGCCUUUGGACGAAUAUUGAAUAUUCACUAUCUUAAACAACUAUGUACGGCCGAACGGGCCAGGAACCUUUCAAAGGGUCUUAUGUAUAUGCAAUCAUUUUUUAAGGUAUUUGUUAAGUUAAUAAUAAAAGUAUUUUGAAACAUUAGUUUUUAUAGAGGAUGGCCAGCCCCCACA